CUGAAAGUUUCCUCUCCUGCAGUCUGUGUUUGUUAUUUGGUUGCUAGGGGUGGAGCAAACAAACCUCCUCUUACAUUAUUUUCAUCCAUGCUUACGUCUGGGACAGCAGUUCCGCAUUCCUGAGCCCUCAGACAAGAUCACACAGUACUUAAACGGGCUGAUGCAACGGCCCCCUUUAGUCCCAAAACCUGCAUCCGACUCCCAACACCGUCCCAAUAUUACUGCGGAUUUUUGGACGCACACCAGCGUCCAAACACAGUUGCAUCAUUGACAGAAGACGACUGACAACUUUUCUCUGACGGCGGUGGUGGCCGGGUCGGACAUGAUGCCAGGACAGAUACCUGACCCUUCGAUGGCGGCGGGCUCCCUGCCCUGCCUGGGCCCGCUGGCGGGCAUCUCGGCCACCACACUCACUGAUCAACUCAAGCUAGCUGACUUCCGCCAGCUGGGCACCAUGCUGUCCCCGCUGCACUUCCUGGGGCGGCUGGGGAAGAGGCCGCUGGCCAUCAAGACAGAGAUGGAUGAAGAUGAUGAUAGGAGGAAGCGGAGACGAGACAAAAACAAAGUAGCAGCCGCGCGAUGCCGAAACAAAAAGAAGGAACGGACUGACUUCCUUCAAAGGGAGUCGGAGCGUUUGGAGGUGGUGAACUCCGACCUGAAGGCCCAGAUCGAGGAGCUCCGUAUGGAGAGGCAGCAGCUAAUGGUGAUGCUCAAUCUCCACCGGCCCACCUGCAUCGUGAGGACCGACAGUGUCAAAACUCCUGAGAGUGAGGCCAACCCCUUUCUGGAGCAGCUGUCCACCGACGCCAAGUGAAACCAGGGACGCAGGGGUCCCUGACGCCCAAACUAGCACCACGUGGUAGCCAUUUCAAAUGAAAAACAUAACUGGCAAUAUCUAAACAAGCACUUGAGCUCCAAGACUUUUGGAGACUCUGCCCAAAGACCUGAGGUUGUAGGGCUUCCUUAGUACUGCUACAUGAGCUGGCUCUGUCCAUUGGAAGACUGGCAAUAUCCAGUUUCAUCUCCAUAUUAACUGUUGUUGUUGUUGACACCCGCUGUGCCUAAUGUUACUUCAACCAUCUCUACAUAAAAGGGACCAAUGGAAAAAGAAGAGUACGACUGGAAACAACGCCGAGGAAACACACUAAUAUCAAAAUGGUGCUCUGUUACAAAAGCCCUGAGUAGAUUGUGUGGCAUUUUUGAAUGCAGAUACCCAAAAAGGCUUUUGCAGCUUCCCUUUGUAUGCUAGCGGAAAUAUACAGGUGUAGAGUUUUUAGGACAUAAUACUCAAUACAAGUACACCAAACAGAGUAGAGUUUUUUUUUGUAAUGUUGAUUUCUUUACCCUGCCUCGACGAUGGCAGUUACCGGUUGAUCCGAUUUGUGGUGACGCUGGCGUCAUAAAAAGCACAUAAACACAAAAUGUUUACACCCUUGUUUUUAGGACUUAUUGUCUGUCCAUUAUGUACUUGUUUUAUACUGCUUUGUAUACAUAAACAUAUAUGAAAUGCUUGUUAAUCACUUGAUGUGAUUUGUCUUUUCAAUCUUUUCCAGUCUUUGUCUGUCAUGUUGCGCUAUCUAACAGCUGUGAAAACAAGCAGCACUCUUUUCAGCUGAGCAGUAUUUCAAUGUCUGUUAUGGACCUGUAUCUGCUAUGUAUGACUGUUACCCUGAAUAGAUUAAAUUUUAUUUUCUAAACUACAA